AUGCAGAUUUCAUGGAAGUCGUGUUGCGCCGACUUACGUUGGACUUCGAGGUUCGGUGAGCUUGAUCCGGUGAUGGAGGAUCGGCUCUUUCCACCGUUUUCUGGGCCACCGCCUGGAACCCGUCUUGUGUCAUCUCUCGACAUCUGCACCGUCAACCGUCGUGCUCCCCUUGCCACUUCCGUCAACCUUGCGUCACCAAACGAUGCCGCACUUUGUAUGAAAGUAUAA